AUCAUGCCAUUCCCGCCUCUUCCCAACAAGACCAUCGAGUUCCCACGGUGACCACGGAUGAUCGGCCUAAUAUCGAGAUACUAACGGUUAAUAUAUGUUCUCCGGCGGUGCGUCUUCCCAGUAUGGUUGCCAGAUUUGAGCGAAACGCACGAAAUCCACUUUUGGUCCCGGAAAUUGUUGGUCUUGUCAUCAACAAUAUUCACAAUGUCCCGGACCUUCUGAAUUGCGCUGGUGUGAACAGCAUAUGGAACGUGGCCGCCUUGAAGAAGCUCUACAAGGGCUCUCUGAACGACAUGCAGUUCCGCACACCAGACAUUGGCUCACUCAAUUGCCUUUUUGUAGCAUCACGGAAGCAAUUCGCCCGCAAUAUGACUUUCGUGAAGCAUCUUCUUCUUUCUCCUGAGAUACCCGCCAGUGAUGAAGUCGAAGUGCCACAUACUCGGCUUGUAUGCUUAGAGAAAUGUCGCGCAAUGCGUCAUCGCCAAUACGCUGAGUACCUUCUGCAGCCGCGAGGAAGGGGUCUUUCAAGUCUCUCAAUCCCUUUCGAGAUCAAGGAUCAAGAUUGGUCGCUGUUUCCUGACUUCCUUCUCAACCCAACCAUUGAGUUUUUGGCCAUUGAUAGUUACUACUGUGAACUGAUGUUAGCUCCCAAGAGCUCAUCAAAGCCUCGUUGUGAUUUGCAGUUUUUCUGCCUGGAGGAACCGUCUGGAACUGAAGGCCUAACUCAAUCCGAUACUUUGGAGCUCCUAUCAUGCCUUCAACAACAACAAAACCUCAAGGUAUUGGCGCUGAACGUCCGCCAUUGUGGACCCCGUCUUGGGAAACAGGGAAUUGCAUGGCCAAACAUGAAGGCCUUGUAUAUUCGAGAGGGGGAGGAAGACUGGUUGGAUCAAUUACCAGAAUUCGAGAAACUUCAAAUUCUCAGCUUGGAAAAUCUUGGGCCGGAAAUACGCGUCAUCGACCAUAGUAUAAUUGAGAAUAUAGCAACAUGCCGACAUCUACAAGUUCUCAAUCUGCAUUUCGGUGAGUUUCGCGAUGAAGAAGAGCUCAUCCAGAUCGCACGAUGCUGCCCGCUUUUACGAAAAUUUAGCGUGAGGUGUAUAGACUUUAGGGCAGACCCAACGUUAGGGGAAGACCUGCUGCUAGGUCUGUUGCCUGCUCUGCCUCACCUGGAGUUUCUCGCUCUGGGAGUGAAGUUCCAGAUGCCCGGUGCACUGCUUCAAGAUAUUUCAAGUCACUGCCCGCGACUGACAGUGCUUGACCUGCCUAUGACUCAGUUAUGCAUCUCUCUCGCAGUGAUAAACGAACUGCAUCCGCUCUGGCGGUUGGAAAGCAUGCACUUUGCGAGGAUCUAUUUCGAGAAUCCACGACACUUGAUGCAAAGGGACAAACUCCAGAGCGUUGCCACGGAGUGGCGCAGGAUAUUCCCGAAGCUUCGAGUGAUACCAUGCCCAGGGGACCUCUACUCCCAGUCUAUGCAAGAAGAUGAGUUAGGUGAAGAAAUACAAGGAGAUAGCGCCAGUUUGAGUGCUGACGAAGAGUUGUCAUCCACUGAGCCCAGCCUUGACUGGGACGACUAUGAUUCUGACUGGUUUAUUUUUCGGACGAAACUCUGGAAAGUUCUUGGUUAUAGGAAAGACCUGCUUAUUCAUGAUAAGAUCCAGUAUAUGUGGCAAACUGAUCUGGAAAUUGAGAUGAUUCGCUGGCCUAUUGUGCCUUUGGCAGCGUUUUCCGAUCCGGAUCUCCACUCCACGACCACCAGCUGCCCCCGGUAACCGGAGAACAAUUAUCUUGAGUCGCGCAACAUGAGGCCCCGAUGGGCGAGACGAAGGCAGUUGGAGACCGAUUCCUCGGUGUAAGGUGGGUCAGCGGAGUCAUUCUUC